AUGGUGGUGCCAGACACUGGAAUUGGUCGCAUGUCAGAGGAACACAUGGGAACAGUGAUCAAGGACUCCGACGAAUGGUCAUUCAUUGAGUACAUGCUUCAACUUACCACUCGCACAUCACGUGUAAAGCUUCUUCAGGUCUGGCACGUUGCAUCUCCGCAUGUCAUGAAUCUAUUUGAGAGACGCACAGCGAAGCGGCUGGUGGUAUAUUCAUUUGUCGAUGCUUCACUGCUUGAUGAGGAAAACACCAUUCAAGACGUAGCGAGGCGCGGUUUUAAGAUAGGCCCUCGGGGGAUGAAAUUCGUUCUAGGAAACUUCAGUUUGCAGGGAAUCCCUCUUCUUCGCGGAGAUUCCGCUAAGGCCACGGACCCAUUCACGCUUACUUCUCCUGAGCUAAAAGGCAGUGUGGAAGAACAACAAAGACAUGACCGGUCAGACUUUAUGGAGGCCGCGAAGUCCCAGCUCCUUAGUGGAGAACGGCGAGUCUUUGAAUUUUUCCUCUGUAAAGUUGGAGUGGGUCACUCAGUAGUCAUGUCCGACGAAAAGGAAGCGUCAGGAGAACGCACCACGCUCCCGCCAGAAUACGAUAGCGCCUAUCUUCAAAAUGGAGAUGCAGCUCCUACAGAGACACUUACGGUCUUCUUUGAUGACGUUGACCAGAAUUUGACCAGAGGGUCGUCCCGUAAUAGGAAGACUGAAGCAACUCGGCAGUUGAACAAACCAAUCACCAAAGCUACAGCGGGAGUACUGCCCCGACACACUUUUCGCCAGGAAUACGUCGUUUACGAUUCAUCACAGGUAGUGCCUAACUAUUUGGUGCUCUUUGAAGUGAAUCCUAUGGAGCCUGAGCUAUUCGCGGUACCGCUCUGCGACACCUGUCAGGAGUUUCCCGCAUCAGUUUGGUGCCCUGCUGACAUGGCCAAGCUGUGCGAUGCCUGCGAUGAGCGCCUGCAUUCCCACAACAAACUCGUUUCAAGGCACAUUAGAGUCCCAUUGAAUGAGAUGCCCAAGCCAAGCGGACGCUGUAAACAGCAUGCAGGAGAAACCUACGAAGCCUUCUGCACAAUGUGCCAUGCUCCUGUUUGUCGGCUGUGCCGGCCCAACCACAUUCAUGCGGAUGUAACUGGCGGAUUGGCGGCCAGAGAUCCUGAAGGAGCUUGCACAUUAAUACCGCUGUCAAUUGCGUACUCUGGCAUAUUGGAGAGAGGCCGCCAGCCCCACCUCAUUUUGGAGAAACGCAGAAAAGAGCUUCGGGGGAGACUCGAAGCUCUUCAAAGCCUCAUCGAUGGCGCUCGGUGUAACUGCCGCUCGGUCGAGCAGAGGUGCUACUGCAUUUUGGAGGAAACGAUGAAUCAGCUGAGGUCAUGCACGGAAGACAAAAUGGGCAUAGUUUUGUGCCAGCAGUUCGAGUUGCAAAGACAAAUGGACAUGAUUGAGUGGAGCUUAGACAUUGCCGCCUACGAGAUGAGAUGGAGUCCCUCGCGGGUGACUUUUCUGACCUCUCACAAAUGGUUUUGCCAAAUAUGCGGUUGGAAGGCGCCGUCGAACUUCUCACGGAUACAGCUUUACAGCACAAAGAACUCCACCGGCUGCGAGGAAGCAAACAUUAAAGCCCUUCACCCAGAAAGGUAA